AUGUAUCACAUGAAAGAGUGUACGGCCGCUCGACCAGAGGGAACAUCUGCAGCCUCAGAAACACACACUCAGGCACAGGAGCCCACUGAGGUCUCAAUUGAAGGUGCGAUGGAGGUGGAGACACCCUCUUCUGAUCCUCCACCUACACCUGCUGCUCCUCCUGCACCUACAGAGCCUCUCCCCAAGUCUAUCUCCUCCUCCUCGGGCUCCUCCUCCACUGUGACAGCUCCUGCCCCCUCCAGCUCGUCCUCCAUGGAGAGCGCUGCUUCCUCCUCUCUCCUCUCAUCUCCAGAUACAGAGCAGAAGAGCCAGGAUGAAGUUACGCCCACUCCCUCGGCCACACCCACUCCUUCAGCCACACCCACCCCAUCUAGAGAGGCAGCUUUAUCUGAAUAUGGUCCUCGCAGGCUGCCGGUAAGUUUAGUGUGUAGACGUUUGCAGAGGCUGCUUCUCUUGUCUGACCCCCCAGGACAGGGCAGACGCCUAGUUCCUUCUGUACCCGCGACCUCCAGCACAGAGAGCUCAGCCCAACAGGCUGCUGCUGCUGACACAGGCCCCCCUGCAGAUUCUCCCUCAUCUGUGGUAAACAAACAGCUUGGAUCCAUGACUCUGGAUGAGGAGCAGGGAGGUGCAGAAGCAGCAGGACAUGUAAUCAGUGAUCAGAGUACAGUAGUCAGUGAAGCUUCCCCAGACACUACAGAAACUGUGCCAUCCACAUCAGCGCCUUCACUUGGCACCAGCCCCGGCAACAGCCGCGGGAGCAGCAGCACUCCUUCAGGACCUGGGCGGACUGGCACAGCAGAACCCAUCCUUAGUCUGCACUACAGCACUGAAGGCACCACCACUAGCACCAUUAAACUGGACUUCACAGAUGAGUGGAGCAGUCCAACGUCCAGUGCCAAAGGCAGCAGUGGAGGACAUAAGCCUGGGGAGGUGGGUGAGAGCCAGACCAGAGAGGAGGAGCCCACAGGUCAAACCUCGGAGCAAAGUUCGAGCUCAUCCUCAGAGAGUCAACCCACACCCAAUGGGGGCAAAAUUGCAGACAGAGGCACGGAAAAGGCCUCCAUCAGCUCUCAAAACAGCACGCCACCGGCGGCACCACCAGAGGGGCUGUCAACCGAAGACACGGCUCGUCCCAGCGCUCCAUCAGAGGAGCUCCAGGCUGCUGGUUCGGCGGAGCUGAGCGAGCAGUGCAGGAGGAGCGAGACUGCUGGAACGGGCGGCCAGGGUUCGACUCAACCAUCCCGCAAUCAGGACUCAGAUGACAGUGACGACGACCCCAUCCUUAUCCCUUCAGCCAGAUUUAAUUACAGAGGAUCAGCUGUAGGUGAUAGGAUGAUAAGACGCUCCGCCGCGGCUCGGAUCCAGGAGCUGUUCCGCAGGAGAAAAGAGCGGAGAGAGAUGGAAGAGAGUGAGACUCAGAAUAUCAGUAGACCCUCUGUCAAGAUGAUGUACAAGGGCCACCGCAACUCCAGGACCAUGAUUAAAGAGUCGUGUUUCUGGGGGAAUAACUUUGUGAUGAGCGGCUCGGAUUGUGGCCAUAUCUUCAUCUGGGACAGACACACAGGAGAGCACCUGAUGCUGCUGGAGGCCGACAACCAUGUGGUCAACUGCCUACAGCCUCACCCUUAUGACCCCAUUCUUGCGUCAUCUGGAAUUGACUAUGACAUCAAGCUGUGGUCGCCUUUAGAACAGUCACCGUCAUUUAACAGAGUCCUUGCUGAAGAGGUGAUUGCUCGUAAUGAGUUAAUGCUGGAAGAGACGAGGAACACCAUCACCGUCCCUGCUUCCUUCAUGCUCCGAAUGCUGGCAUCAUUAAAUCACAUCAGAACAGACCGUGUGGAGGGUGAUCGUUCGGAAGGCUCUGGACAAGAGAACGAGGAUGAACAACAGUAGCCCUUCUGCUACAAAUGAAUGUUUUUUUUGCUACAGUGCACUUGAGCAUUUGAGAUUUGUACAAGUUACAAAAUAGAGUAUUUCCUUGUUAGUUCAGUUUUUGGCAUUAUUUUUGUAAUGAGACUUUUCGUACUAAUUACUCUAUAUGGGAGUAAACUGCAUCUGGGGAGUUCAUGCAAACAAGAUGAUACGUAAGGAAUUGAAAGAUGUGACUAAACGGCUGGCGCUUGAGAGUAUUUAAGUGCAAUAUUAA